AUGACCAGGGACGUGGAAGUAGUCGCGGCCAGCGACACCCAAGAAAAACUGCUCCAAGAUCUUGAGGACAGUAAAACCCUCCCACUAUGGAAGCAAAUGACGCGGUUAAACCCGCCAGCACCAAACCCCACCUGUGUCCCUUUCUUGUGGAAGUACAGCUCGAUAAAGCCUAACCUGCUGCGCGCUGGCCAGCUCGUCACUGAGAAGGAGGCUGAGAGGAGGGUGCUCAUGUUGAUCAACCCUGCACGAGACGCGCCCUACACAACAGACACUCUCUACGCCGGGCUCCAGCUCGUCAUGCCCAACGAAGUAGCCCCAGCCCACAGACACACCGCAUUUGCCAUGCGCUUCAUCAUCGAAGGCAACGGUGGCUUUACGGCCGUGCAUGGCAAGCGGAUCAAAAUGGAGCAGGGCGACGUCAUCCUAACCCCAACCUGGAACUACCAUGACCACGGCAAAGACGGAUCGGGCCCGAUGAUCUGGCUCGACGGAUUAGAUCUACCCAAUUUCCAGCACUUCCCCGUGCAUUUUGUGCAGCAUUUCGCGCAGUCGCGGUAUCCGGCUGAGGAUGUCGACAGCGGGUCCUCCCCGAUUGUGUUUCCGUGGGCGCGCAUGAAGGCUCUGCUGGAUGGGGAUGCUGUCGAACACUGGGUGUCUCGGCGGUAUUUGAGAGCGGAUGGCCGUGAAGUGAGUCGCAUCCUCGGUGGUUGCGCGGAGAGGUUGGAAGGAGGUCAUUUGUCGCCGUGGCGUCGCGAGACGACCUCUGCCGUGUAUCAUGUUAUUGCUGGUAGUGGGUAUUCCAUUAUUGGAGAGCAGGAAUUCACAUGGGAGAAGGGGGAUACGUUCUGUGUGCCGUCGUGGUACCGAUAUCAGCACUAUGCGAGCGAGGGACAGACGGUUUACCUUUAUCGGUUUGAUGAUAAGCCGAUGAUAGAGGCUUUGGGAUUUUAUCGUACGGAAGAUACAGAUGUGGAGUCUCUUGUGAAAGACUAG